AAGUUUAACCUUACAUAGAAGCAACCUUUUUCAUAAAGGAUAGAUAUAAGGAGAAAUUUGAGCUGAUCAUCACGAUAAACACUUGUGGACUCAAGGAAGAAUGUAUGCAAGAUUGUCUUAUGAGAUGAAAUAUUGCUGUCAGUUAUGACUUAUCUCUACAUCGUGAAGCUGUCAGAAAUUAUUUCAGCAUUCUUGUACUUAAUAUUGGUUCAUUAGAAAGUACAUGUAACAAGACUGUUGUUUGAGAGAGUUUAAUGUUCACCAUGAAAGCAACCAUUCAUAUAAGCAACAUUGUUAGCAUUUUUAUUAUUAGUUCAGUCAUUCACAGAAGCAUUUAUUAGGCACUACAAAUAUCCUCAAACCUCAGUUAAGUAGGACUUAGAGAAUGGGAAUUUUCCAUGGGACUAUACACUUGAUAUCAGUGGAGCAAUGGAAACUAUGUCAAUGAUGAAAAAGACGUGUCCUUUGUAUCAAAAUAAAGCUGAUCGUGGGACAGCAAUAGGGGGUAUUAUCAGUCAGUAUCUAGAGAAGAAGUGUGAACUGGAGGACCAUGCAGUACAUCUAUUAUUCUCAGCUAACAGAUGGGAGGCCGUACCAAAGAUGAAAGAGCAUUUACUCCAGGGGACAACUCUCAUUGUUGACAGAUAUGCGUUUUCAGGAGUGGCGUUUACUGCUGCUAAACAGGGUUUCGGCUUAGACUGGUGUCGACAACCAGACAUUGGUCUCCCAAAGCCAGACCUCGUCCUGUACCUGACCCUGACACCAGAAGAGGCAGCCAAGAGAGGCGGAUUUGGGGGAGAGAGAUAUGAAAAUACACCUUUCCAAGAAAAAGUGGCAAAGAACUUUGAACAUCUGAAGGAAAACAACUGGAGGGUAAUUGAUGCUGGAAAAGACAUGGAGUCCCUUCAUGAGGAAAUUCAAGAAAUCACCAGAGCAGUCAUUAAAGACAAUAAAGAUAAGGACAUUGAGAAACUUUGGAUAAACCAUGAUUACCCUGUUAAGAAGCGGAAGUCUUUGGGGGAAAUAAACACUAACCAGUGUAUGGGAGACCAACUGAAUGUCAAGUGAUCAUGACCUACAUUUUAAAUUUAAAAAGUUGUAAUUUUAUAUCUAUACUCUAGAUCAUUUUAUGUUGAAAUCAUAUCAUAUAUACAUAAAGGGACAUGACAUGUAUUUUUAAGCCGUUUUAUUCCUUUUGGACAACCUGUGAUUAUUUCAAAUAUAUUAAUGCCCCUGCACAUGGAUUGAAUACUUUGCACAAAGUGAACAGCAAUUUAUUAUACUGCACUGGACUUAAUCAAAAGGGGAAAAAGUGGUGGUCCGAACACUGCAGUUAGUGGGGUACCUUUGAGCUUGUAUACAGUAUAUAUAAUACUUACCUAUAUGCAGGGAACAGGAUGGAUGUAACAAGUACUAAUAAUUUUAAUUAUUAAAAUGAGCACUGGGCAAGUUAAUUAUAUAUUCACACCCUAUUCUUGUACAUGGGUGGAAUAGUAUUGAUUUUCUCAAGUAGAAAAAUUGUUAAUGUCAGUGUAUUUAUUUAUUUAUGAUCUAACAUUAUUUUAUGUAAAAUGAUAAAAACUGUCAUUAUGUAUGGUUGUUGUUACUGUUUGGGGCAAUUUUAAUGAGUGAACUCUUCAUUUUGCUCUGUAUAGCGAAGCUGUUACUUGGGACAUAUUUCAGAUUUGUUGAGAUUUUAACACAUCCCUGUCAAACAUUUUUCAAUCCAUAUUACUGUAGAUUUGAAAAGUAGUAAUAUGUUUGGCAGGAUAUCGGAAUUGUGCCCUUUUUGGUUCACAUUUAUUUGUGUCGAAAGUACCCUAGGUUCUAGAUUCCGGUAUUGCCAGCUCGAUCUUGAUUUCAUAUAUAACCCAUAUCAACAAUACCGGCUCUAGUGAACAGCGGCCAUGUUACACUUCCGUCAAUCAAAUAGAACUGCUCCGCAGUGAAUCUACAGUUGAAUGUCAUCAGACCAAAAU